AUGGCUUCCAGGGACCAGAGUGGCUCGCCGGUCCUCACACAACACGCCAUCCCUCCGCAUCUGCUCUCGAAUACUGAACACCACAACCUACUGCUCGAUCAAAUCGCACAGAGUCCUCCUCAACCAGCCGAGUCGAUAAGUCUAAACCUGGCGAAUGAGACUCCCGCUGGGGAUUCCGCAGCAAUGUCGAAUGUCGAGUCUACCACAAACGAGCUGGUCUCGCAGGCUGAGGACAGUGUGCUACCACAAGCGCCAGAUUUAUUACCGAACGCAGAGUACCCGCCUCCGCCAACCUCUGGCGCCGACGCACCUGAAGAUCAAGCGCCGCAAGAACGAGAGGAGACAAGGAUACCUACAGAGGCCACCCCGGAAGACUCACAACCAAAUCUAGAAACUACGGCAGGUGAAAGUGCUCAGCAUGCCAUACCGGAGACAGACGCAAUGGAGGACUCUACACCUCAUUGGGUGCUCUUCGCAGAUGACAUGUCUGAGCCCACACAAGCUGAACUGGAAGCCGUCAAAGACACCGAGAUCGAGAAUGACGCCACUAACGUCGCUGCCCAUGAGAAGGUAGUAUUUACAGAGAUCGAUGACCCCGACCAGCGACCCACCAAGAAACUGCGACUGAGCUGGAUCAUAAAUGGUGUUCGUGGUACCAAAGACCGCCCCAACAGAGCCGAGGUCAUGCAUUCGCCGCCAGCGUUUGUAGACGGGCUUUACUGGCGCAUCAAGUUCUUUCCGCGCGGAAACAAGUGCUCCUCUAUCAGCGGCUACAUUGAGUGCUCAAAGAAGAUACCGGAGCCGGACAAAGAAGAGCCGGAAGGCCGAUUUUUGCAUUUCGAGAGCCCGCCCAAUGGCGACAUAUCAUUUGAUGCGAUCCCGAAGAAGCAUAUCAAGAUCAAGACACGACGAAAAGACUCGCCGCAAAAUUCCUCGUCAGAAAGAUCCAAGGCAAGACGUGACGAAAGUUUCAAGGCCAAUAGCGACACUUCUGAGACCAUUGAAAAGGCGGCCCAAAGUCCAACAGACAGUGAGACCACUGAGCAGCAAGGCGAUGAUGAAUUCAGAGUCUCGGCGCAGCUGGGUAUGGUUAUAUACAACCCUAAUGAACCCAGAUCAGCGACCUGUCAAUCAUCGGAGCACCUCUUCUGCGCCUCCAACAACGACUGGGGGUGGUCAAAUUUAGCUGGGAAAUGGGACGAGAUUCACCAGCGUCAGCCAGGUCAACGGCAGGCGCUUCUGAAGGGCGACACCAUCGCGAUAGACGCUUAUAUCAGGAUAUUCGAAGACCCUGCCCAGUCGCUAUUUUGGCAUAAUUCGUCAGACGAGCCUGAGUGGCCUUCGAAAGCUUUGGCUGGAGUCCUCCCGAUGGGCACACCCCCGCUGUACUACAGUCCUGGUGUUGCAGGCAUCACAGCUCUCCUCUUCCUCAAGCCUUUCCGAGAAAUCCUACAAUCUGUUGAUUGCGAAGGCUGGAGGAGGAGCUCAGAAGUUCGGCCGCGUCCAUUCAUCGCCCGGCUACAAUGUGUUCUUCACGAAAUGCGACAUGGAGGCAAGUCAGACUUCGUGGAUGUGUAUCCUGUCCUCGAAGCGCUUCGGGAAGUUGGCGAGACAUACCAGGACGUCGUCACUUUCUGGGAAGUAUUUCGACGCGCGAUUGAGCUGGAGCUGGAAGGAGAAAUCGAAAUCCUGGCCAAAAUCGCAGCCAUCUUCGACCUCCCAGGAGGACGCUGUCCACCUUUGGAGAUACCAGUGAGCUCUGUUGGGUCAUUACAGGAGUCUCUGAACAAGCUCGGUCUCCCCUCACAGGACUCUCUGAAAGAGCUCCAUCCCUCGUCACAAGACUCUCCAAAGGAACUCCAUUUCUCAUCACAAGCCUCUCUGAAGGAGCUUGAUUCCUCCUCACAUGACGCUCUGGACAAGCUCGAUUCCUCGUCACAGAACGCUCUGGACAAGCUCGAUCUUCCGUCACCGGACGCUCCUGACUUUUUACCGAUAUUGCUUCAGCGACAGGAGUUUGACCAAACCAAGCGGGAAUGGGUACUUCGGCACGAGAAAAUCACGUUGAACGACGAGAUCACGCUUCCAUUCGGCAUCGGACAGAAGUACAUCCUGUAUGGGUUCUUGGUUCACGUCGGUGCUCGCAAUUCGGGGCGCUUCUACACUAUUUUACGCCCAAAUGGACCUAAGACGCAUUGGCUCGCUUUCGAGGACAGUGAUGGGAACAAAAUCUAUUCCUACACAAGGAAGACUUUGGAGACAUAUGAGGGUCUGGCAGGCGACGACCUUAAGAAGUUCUCUUCAACACGAGAGACAUGCUAUCUGGCGAUGUACAUCAAAGCAGAUAAAGUUGGCGAUUACCUAGGUCCUCUGGAACCAUAUACAGCUCCCGACUGGCUUAAGGCACCCAUGAGAGCCGCUUUUGAUGCGACAGCAGCGCCGUCUGUGAAUCUUGAGUUCUAUCAGGAGAGCUCUAUCGUUGGAUGCCGUGGUCUACUCGACAUGUUUAACGUCAAGCAGGAGGGCCGGUAUGCCUGGUGUUGGUCUCUAUCACCGAAGACGUCUUCCCAUAUAGUCCGAAAGCAAAUCGCCGAUCAUCUAGAAGUCACAGAUCCGAGAAAGGUGAAACUGUACACAAUCGGCUAUGGAGAAGCUGGUGAGUACGGCAAUGCUCGCUGGUAUCCCAUCAACUUAAAGAAGCCCCUUAGUAGCUGGCAAGGAAGCACAGCGCCGAUCUGUAUUUGGGUCUCGAUUUUGCAGAACGAGUCGGACGUUGAACGCUUUGGCGAUCCGGACCCGCAACCGAAGAAGAGCAAGAAAAAGAGUAAAACAUCAAGAGGGACAUCCGAGCCUGCCAGCGAUAUACUGAGGUCGACGCACUCGGACCGCGUUCUUCCAGCCCCGGUGAGUAGCGAAGAAGAGUCUGGCGACCAUCUAUCUGCUCCGGCCUUGCUUCAGACCAGCGAAGGACACGAAACGGAUGCAACUACAGAUCAAGCUCCGAACGACGACGAUCUCUCUGCCGAGCUAGACCAGCUCUUUGUUGAGGAGUUGCCAGAUCUGGCUGCGGCCGAAAGUGGUCAAAGAGCAUCUGACCUGCUGUCCACAGCUGACAUAGACGAGAGCAUAGAGGACGUCGUCCUGGCGGACUCUGACGGAGCUCUGCAAGCAAAUGCGACUGUCAGUGUUCCCAUUGAGGACCUCGGCCCUUUGACUGCAUUUGCACGGGAAUGGGCUGCCGGGUAUCAGCCAGAACCAGUCACACCGGCGCCUCAGGCUGCGAAUCAGCCACCCCAACCGGCUACACUUGGGGCUUCGUUAGAUAUUACAUCGCUUACACCUGAGACUUCACCAGAAGUCACACUGGCUACGAUUGAGGCCUCAUCAGAAGCCCCACGGAGUGAUCUAGCAGCUUUCCAAAUUCUGGAUGAGAUGUCACUUGCCGUAACUCAUGGUCACCUUGUGGACGCUUUCCCAGGCGUGGAAGAGGUCAUUGCCAAUGCAGUCGAAUCACAAGAUCGCGCCGCGCAGCAGUACGCAACUAGCCCCGAAGAUGAGGCCGCUAUUGCUGCGUUGAUAGCCGCCGACACCGCAGAGCUCUCUGGCAUGUCCGAAAAUGGCGACCAGGCUCCCGGAGAUACACCUGUCCCAUCUUCCAGAAAUGCGAACUACGAAAACUCACAGUCCUCGCCAGCAGGCCCAGAGGCCUCCCUGGCGUCAAAACCAGCUGAACAAAGCAAGAAGCGGAGACCAAUCGUGUAUGGGUUCCUCCAGAAGUUCGACACAGCAGAACAAACGUUUAUCGCUUCGGGCAAUUUCUUUGCGUACCGAAACGAGAACGUAAGGAAGGUCAUGGAGAGAUGCCUGCCGUUGCACAAAGUAGUCGAAUCUCACCGUAUGGAGGACUCUAAGGCCAUGGACUCUGACAUCGAGGAAUCAGGGACCACAUUUUCCGAUGUCAAGCUUUGGUAUCGCACGUCCACCGUCGACGGCACCCCUAUCAAGGACAAUGAGACGUUCGACCAGAUCGAUUUCGUCAAUGGGGCGGAUCUUAUUUUCGGUUUGGAGGUUGGACCAUCAGCCAAAGCGAAGCUGCGUACAGCUGGUCUCUUCUGGGAUCCGUUCGAGCUGUCCAAGUUCCUCCAACUGCAGAGCCGCAAGCAUCCUCGAGCGGUGACAGUCAAUCACACGACCAUCUUCGAUUACGGCCAGGAACAAUACGAAGGCCCACUCGUCAACGGCCACCGGCAUGGUGCGCUCAGCAAGUUGACCUACUCGAAUGGCCAGACCUACGAAGGCCCUCUUGUCUGCGGCAUGCGCGAAGGUCCCAACGGCUUCAUGACGUAUCAGAACGGUGAUACAUACCGAGGUGAUUGGAAAGAAGACGAGAAGGACGGCCAAGGCACGCUGAUUGAAAAAGGCACAGGCAAUAAAUACGAGGGCGGCUUCCGCAACGGCAAGCAAUGGGGCCGUGGCGUGACUCACUGGGCUGUUGCUGCUGAUGAAGCUGAUCUGUGCCAGAUCUGCUAUACUGACAAGAUCAAUGCUCUGUUCUUCGAUUGUGGGCAUGUUGGCACCUGCAUGGAAUGCGCGAAGCAAUGCGAGUGCUGUCCGAUUUGUCGGAAGGAGAUCAAGCAGGUGGUCAAGAUGUUUAGGUUUUGA